GCCUGAGAAAGAGAACGUUCAUGUGAAAGGUGUUAAAAGUAAUGAUUGUGUUUUGUAAAGAAUAAUUCUAAAAGUGACACUUUUACAAUGGAUUUUAUCAUUUUAAAGGUGAAUGGUGUAGAUGUGUCUGGAAGUCAAGAGGCGGCGUUUGCUCAGUUGUCUACCGCCGACGAACCGAUUAUUGUAGAGGUUCGGCGGAAGAAAAUCUUCGAACUAUCUGAAGUUGAAAAAAUGCGGGAAGAAACGGAAAACUGUACACUUCCCUCAGGAGGAGGGGUUGAUAUUAUCCCAGAUUUAGAAUAUGAGAUUGACGGAGACACUAUGUGGAGUAAGGUACAAGCCCAGGAAAAAUUUCGUCAGAGCCGCGGAACCAUUCGUCUUCUCGUUGUUCGUCCCCCUAGCACUGCAGUCCGUUCAUCUAGCUGCUCGUCCUUCCAAAGAAAGGACGAGUAUGAGCAGGAUUUAGAUUUGCUCUUGGAGCAAAAACUUCGGAGCCUGGACAGCGGUAAUUCGUCCCUGGAGAGCGGAGACAGAUCUUAUGACAGCGACAAGAAACUCGAAAUAUCAGAUCGGUCUUUCGACAGCGAAAAGUCGAAAAAUCGUCUGUCAUCGACAAGUUCGAAGGACAGCGGGCACAAAAGUGACUCGAUAGAUCGAAGCACAACUAACUCCUCGAAAUCUGAUUCGUCUCAACUAUCAGAGUUGAGUGAUCCUUUAAACCAAUCCUUCCUUGGACUGAAACACAGCCAAUCUAUGUUCUCCAUUGAUGACGAUUUCAUCUUUGUCAAUUCGAAGAAAAAUUUCGAUCUUAAUCGAAAUUCGAUCGCAAAGCCUAGUUUUUCCACAGAGAUGAAUAGAAAGGGAAAGAUUGAUCCAAUUUAUGAAAUGAUACCGGAGCAAUCCGAGACUGAUGAAACCUACUGUCUUCCCCUGGAUAAUGUGAACAAGAGCAACAAGAACAGUCUGAUAUCAAACAAGAACACCAAGAACGGAUUGAUGAUGAACAAGAACUGUUCCCCUGAACACACGGCAGGAAAGACAAGAUCAAAGUCGAGCGACAAGAUUAGAGAUAUUCUUAGACCCAAGCCUGGAGAUAAACCAAUCCCGCGCUCGGUUAGUCUCAAUAAAUAUGAAAACCGGUUUAAUGCUGAUCAGCAACAGCAGCAGGAACAGAUGAAACAAGAGCAGGAGGUGAAGAAACAGGAGGAAAUUGAAAACUGGAUCAAGUCUUAUUGCAGAAAAUCCUCAGAAGCCAGACUUGCUGGUAACUCCCCGAUGAAUACUCCACCAAUUAUUACUCAAAGACGACCUAUGUCGGAAUCAACUCUUUCCCUUGUAAUGUCUACCGCCGAUCCUUCCGCUUCGUACUUCACCUCCGAUCCCCUGCGAACUGUAGAUUCGGCGUACGGUAACCUGUACAUAAACCCAACAAGCGAGCAGUACAUUUCUCCUGAUCAAUGCUCCGAUAUUGUGUACACAGACUUAAACAAUGUGCAGUACAUUAUCCAGCAGCAGCAGCAACAACUUCUAAACAAACUCAACAAACCGGUUUUUAACGCUCCGCCGCCUCCGCCUGGACGAUUCCCACCCGCCUGUGAUCGCGUCCCGCCUAUUUUGGAUCCCCGGACUAACUCAGGAGAGCAUCAUGAACAGUCUACUUCGUUUAUGGGAAGUGGACGAGAGGACGAGAACUGGGAGUGGAAAGUUAAAAUUCGUCCAGACGGGACAAGAUAUGUCACCCGCAGGCCGCUACGGAAACAUCGAAUGUUACAAGAACGUGCGCGUCAGGUGGCCGCCGAGCGCGCAGCAAAUACCACCGACGACGAUACAACGUCAGAACUUAAAUUUGGAAAAUUUUGGACAAAACAGGAACGAAAGCAUCAUCUUGAGGUAGCCAAGGAACGUAGACUAAAGCGGGAAGAAAAGUUAAAAAUGCGCCAAGACGAAGAAACCGGUUCUGCCGAGAAAUGGCGGGAAACCUGUUCAGGGGUGAAAUUGCGUGAAACCGGUUCUGGAGAGAAAAAGCGGGAAACUGGGUCUGCUGAGACGGUGGCACGACGUGAAUUAACUAAAACAGGGGAGUCAAUGGACAGAAAAAGAUUUAGUUUGCAAGAGGAGAAUAUGAGAGCUGCUCAAAAUGAAAUUUUAGUCUCAGUGAUGACUGUUUAAAAUUUAUAAGAUUUAAAAAAGUUUUAUAUAUAUACAUGACGAAUUUUAAAAUCUUUUUUAUUGGUUUUCUUAAAAGCACAUAUUGGAUUGAAGAAUAUUAGAGAAAUGAUUCAUGAUUCUCCGUAAACUUUUAACCAAAGAAUUUUCAUUUCAAGUUGCAAAAUUGAAAGAUUAAAAAAAAUUUUAAUAAGAUAUCUUUCAUUCUUAGAAAGGUUGUUGACAGGACUUAACCCUAUCCUUGCCGGGUACUUGAAAACCAGGAUACGCUGGGGGGGGGGGAAGGGGUCAAUUUAACCUUAUUCCCAUGUUCGAUGUCCAAAUAUGAGAGAUGAUACAUCAAAUUGGAAUUCUCUUUAGCUCUACUUUCAGAAUAUUCAAAAAAAAAUAUUAAAUAACCUGUAAUCAAGAAAAACUAGAAAUGUGCAAAUUUCUUUCGACGGGUUGUAUGCGAAUAAUUAGCAAAAAUUUCUUUGCAACACUUAUGCAAUCUGUUUCCUUUUGUCAUAGGCUUUCCAAAAAGCUAAAAAAUUUCCAAUCUGACAACUGAAAGUGGGUCAAAACAAAGAUUUAGUUUGU